AUGGCCCAGGGCGACGACGUCACGCUAGGCCCAGCAUUGGCAGGCCGAUUACUAAGAGCGCUGGGUCGCCCUCUCCAGCGGGGCUCCCACCACAAUCACUACGGCGUUUCCGCUUCCGGAUCAGACGCGAUUGCGCUGGAGCUUGUUGCUUGGCCUUCAUCGCCCGCCCCAACGGAGCCGACGACGCCGAUCUCGACCUCGACACCGACUACGACGGACGGCAACACCGCUUACGACUUCGAUUCGCGCGAUUGUCAUUCCCCACAGACGAUCAAGAGACGCCCGUAUAGUCAAUCACUAUUGGAUAGCUCGCAGGGUCACAGGCGAGCCAACUCUCUUGACUCGACGACUACCGACUCUUCGACUGCGUCCACAUCUUCGUCGUCUUCUUCGCGCUCCCGGUGGGAGACGUUUGGCCAGUACGAAUUGACGACGGCAUAUCGUAACCCGAAACACGUCGAAGACCGAAGGAGUAGGCAGUCGAGGGAAGUCUGGAGAGAAUACUGGUGA